AGCUUUCGGGCCGAACAAGAGUCCUGCGCACGAGAACGUUCAGAGCUGAAAAAAAGAGGAGUAGGAGGAGCACGCGCGAGAGAGAGAGCCCCGUUGCAAAUAACGCGCACGCACGCACACACACACACACACACACUGACACACAAGCGCACGCGACAGCAGGAGGAGGAGGAGCGCGCGAGCCAGGUUCAGCUCAUAAGCAGGCACGCGGAGGAGGAGCAGGCGCGCGCCCGCCGAGUUCUCUCUCUGUCUCUCUGCGGUGCAGAGCUGGAACACAAGAAGAACUGCUUCUUUUUUUUAAAAUUCUUUUAUUCUUUAUUUUUUUCUUUCUUUCUUUUCGGAUUCGCCGGCACACCGGAGGGACUGGAGCCCUUCGUGUUGUUGUUGUUGUCCUCGCGCAUUCUUUAAAAUCCUAUUUAUGAUUCAAGUUCAACUUUUGCGAAGCGACCAGAGAUUUGUGCACUGACUUUUUUUUUCUCUACCUCUGUUUUUUUCUUUUCUUUUCCCUUUUUUUUCCCCCCCGCCGCCCUGCUGUAGUAGCAGACUGUAACUGCGAAAAGAAAGUCGGUAAACCAUGCAGCUCGUGCACCUCGCGACGGCUUUUCUCGUGCAUUAAUCUUAGAAGAAGAAAAAAGUUCCUUCGUGCUGUUUUUUUUUUUUUAAAAAGAAAGAAGAAAAGUUUUUCUAGGACACGUUUCCCCACCCGUCCCGUGUCGGUGCAUGCUACACGGUGUAAAGUGGAGGACUUGGACAGACUGUUGCAUGCGAUUUGAGAAGGAAGAAGAGCAGAAGAAGCAGCAGCAGCAGCAGCAGAGGUGCGUUUUUGCCACGCUCACGCACACGCACAGCAGCGGAGACGCGAUGAGCGCCGAGGUGCUGCCCACAAGCCCGCUCGCCCUGGUGGACUACGUCAACGACUUCGACCUGCUCAAGUUCGACGUGAAAAAAGAGGCGCUGCACGGAGUAGUGAACGGCGGCGCGCGCGCGUGCCCCUCGCGCGUGCAGCAGCCCCAGGGCUCGGUGUCGUCGACUCCGCUCAGCACGCCGUGCAGCUCCGUGCCCUCGUCGCCCAGCUUCAGCCCCACGGAGGAGCACAAGAGCAACCUGGAGGAGCUCUACUGGAUGCCCGGUGGCGGCUACCCGCAACACGUCGACCCUCACGCGCUCGGCCUGACGCCCGAGGACGCCGUGGAGGCCCUGAUCGGGCAUGCUCCACCGCCGCACGUGCAGCAGCAACAGCAGCUGCAGCAAGGAGGUGGUUUUGAGGGCUACCGUGCUGCCAUGCAUCAUCAUCCUCACCAUCCUCACGCGCAGCACCAUCCUCACGCGUACGCGGCGCUCCAGCAGCACGGAGACGACCUGCACUCUCACACGCAGCAGCAGCAGCAGCAUCCUCAUCAGCACCACAGCCAAGAUCCGGACAGCCCGUCUCCGACCUCUCCUCAGCUCCAUCACCACCGCCAUCACGCCCAGCACACCGACCAUCACGGCCAUCACGCCCACCACCACCACCACCACCACGCGCAGCAGCACCACGGCGGCAGCAGCAGUGGCAGCGCGCUGAGCAUCCUGAGCGUCGAGGAGCGCUUCUCCGACGAUCAGCUCGUCUCCAUGUCCGUACGCGAGCUCAACCGGCACCUGCGUGGCUUCUCCAAGGACGAGGUGGUGCGUCUGAAGCAGAAACGGCGCACGCUCAAGAACCGCGGCUACGCGCAGUCCUGCCGCUUCAAGCGCGUGCAGCAGAAGCACGUCCUCGAGAGCGAGAAGACGCAGCUCCUCAACCAGGUGGAGCAGCUCAAGCAGGAGAUCGGACGCCUGGCGCGAGAGCGGGACGCCUACAAACUCAAGUGCGAGAAGCUGACAUCGGCGGCCGUGGGUCCGAGCGCCGGCGCGGGCGGGUUCCGCGAGGCGGGUUCCACCAGCGACAACCCGUCUUCACCAGAGUUCUUCAUGUGAGUUCCUUCUUCGGUUCCGUCUCCGUCCUGUCCUGUGCUGAAGAGACUACGAUACUAAUCCACGUUAUAUCAUGAUUAUUAUACUAAUAACUUACAACAGCAGCUGUAUUCUUCAUAUUAGAAAGAAAAAUAACCCAUGAUAAUAAUAAUAAUAAUAAUAAUAACAAUAAUAAUAAUAAUAACGUUACUCUAAUCAUCUCCAAAGUUUUUUUUUGUUUGUUUUAAAUCAAAAUUUAGAGCUAGAGGGUUCGUUUUUUUUUUUUUUUCCUUUUUUUUUUUUAAAAAAGGUGUGCUUUUUGUUUUUAAACCAGAAUCACGCAAGUACAAUGCAAGUCUUUUUUGUUUUUUAUUUGUUUAUUUGGAAAGUAGUCGCUUUUAGGUAAACCACACACACACACACACACACACACACACACACACACUUAUCAAGAUGUUGAAUCGAGACGCACAGAAUCCGGACUCGUGACGCGCCGCGUGUUUGUUCAGCGCUGUAAGACGUCUUUGCAGUGAUUCAUUUCUGUUGUCUCUUUGCUUUAUAGAGAGUUAACACCCUUCUCAAUUGUUCAGGACGGGAAAAAAAGACGUUUGAAUCAGUACUGAUGCUAAGAAGAGAGAGACAGAGGGGGAGAGAGAGAGAGAGAGACAGGGAGAGAGAGAGAAGGACAGAGAAAGGGAGAGAGGACCUUUGGACUUUGUUGUUUUCUUUGGACUUCUCCCUCUUGGGUCCAAUAUGUCGAUUUUUUUGAAAACAAGACAGUAUGCAAAACUUUUAUGCAACAUCUCAUCAGUUUAUUGCCUGCUUGGUUAAAUAAAAGCUAAAAAAAGAAAAAAAAGAAAAAAAAAAGAUAAAUAUACUGCAUUAAAAUAUUAAUCCUGCAUGCUGGACAUGUACGGUAAUAAUUUCUAUUUUGUACUUUCCUUGUUUAUUUUUUUCUUCUUCGUGUAUCUUAAAUAGCAUGUUGUUGAUCUUUUUGUUUGUUUGUUUGUUUGUUUUUUUCUUUCUUCCCAUCGAUGAUGUUUCUGGGACUUUAGACACGAACCGGUGGCCACAUCACCAGUUCCGACGCCGUUCGUCCGGGGCUUGUAAAUACAUGCAACGGCAAAAAAAAAAAAAAAAAAAUUGCAAGAUUUAAAAAAAAAAUGUCGAAGAAAAUAAAAUGAACACGUUGAGCAGAGGUUUGGGAUCUUUUUACGUUUUAGGGCAUUUAAUUUUUUAAUUUUUUUUUUUUUUUGCAGUUGCAUCAAAAGUCAGCCGGGUUUGUAUAUUAAGUGCACUUUUCUUUUGGAUUUUGAUUCUUUUCAUUUUCAAUUAAAAAAAAAAUUAUUAUUAUGUAAAAAAAUUUUUUUUGCAGACCGCCCUCAAGGAAGACAUAACAAAAGAGAUACUCUGUGUUCGACUCGAUACGCUUUGCAUUUGCGUCACAAGGUCAUGCAAUAAAAAAAAAGAAAGAAAGAAAAAGAAAACAAAAAGACACACAUACGAUGAAAUUCCUUGAGGAGCGGAUUCCCGCCCUGCAGACCGCUUCAUGCACCGGAGCCGCUCGGGUUUCCUUUUUUCACGUCGACUCGUAGCAGGAAAUGCAGUUUUGUCACGUUGCGUAAUCCGUGCCUGUUAUAUAAUCCGAACAAGUAUCUACAAGUCUCAUCAUUUUUCACUUUCAAUUUGUUUUUUUGUUUUUUAAAAAAAAAUUAUUAUUAUUAUUAUUAUUAUUAUUAUUAUUAUUACUUUCCUGUCAGUUUCAUGAGCUGAAAAUUUCCAGAAUGUUUAAACAAAAAAACGAAAAAAAAAAGAGAAAAAAUCAAAGCAAUUAUAAUUCUAACAAUUUCCUAAAAUCAGGGUUUUUAAAAUUUUUUUAAAUUAAUUAUUACUUUCGUUUUCUUGUACCGAGUUUUGAGUGAUCAUUCUUUAAUGUUUUCCUGUAUUUUUUUUCUGCCGGUCAGUAAAAAAAAAGGGAUUCAGGUUUUGCAAAAUCUCAAAAUGAAAAAUGUUAUGUUAUGUUAUGUUCUUAUUCAUGUUAUUAUUUCUAUUGUUGUUGUUGUUGUUGUUGUUUUUUUUUUCUCUCUGUUUUCUGAGAUUCUGGUUCUGCUGGCCAGAUGCAUUAUAGUUAUAGUUAUGGUUUUAUUUUUUAAUGAUUAAAUUAACAGAACUUGUCAGAUCAUAUCAAAUAAGAGCAUGGUGCUUGCAUUUAAGAAUUAUUGUUUUAAAAAAAAAAAAAUAAUGAAACAAACAAACAAAAAAAAAAAGU